CUCUUUUAUUUCUCUUUCCUCUGGCGUAGCCUCAUCUCCUCUUUGCUUGCUGUACAGGCUUAAACACACCGACCCACUUCUCAGAAUCUAUUUUAUAUCCUUGAACACAAUUCUCUCUCUUCUCUCUCUCCUCCCCUCUCAGAGCCAAGAGUUGAUAAUUGAUCAACCCAUUUGAAUCGCUUCCAAAUUUCCCCAUUUUAGAAUCUGGGUGUUCUCGUCGUUGAUAACAACUAACUUGUAGUGUGGCCAUAUAUAUGGGCUGACUGUGGCAUUUCAUGGGAGGUGUAGACGAUGAAGAACCACCCUCAAAACGUGUAAAAUCAUCCUCGCUAGACUUGGGGAGCCUCUCGAAUAACUCAACUCUCCCACAGCCCAUCAUUCCUUUGGGAGGAUCAAUGGCCAGACCGUUACCAUCCCAAGGGAAAGAAGACACUAUUGGUACUAGAGGAGUUAUUAAAAAAGUUGAAUUUGUUAGGAUCAUAACCAAGACUCUUUAUUCUCUUGGCUAUGGCAAAAGUGGAUCUGCAUUAGAGGAAGAAUCAGGAAUAGACUUACAUUCUCCUACAGUGAAUCUCUUUAGGAAUCAUGUGCUUAAUGGAAAGUGGGAUGAAAGUGUGGUCACUUUGCGAAAAAUGGGACUCACAGAUGAAAAUGUUCUGACGUCUGCGGCUUUUCUAAUAUUGGAACAUAAGUUCUUUGAACUUUUGGAAAGUGACAGAGUCAUGGAUGCAUUGAAGACAUUGAGAAAUGAGAUUACUCCUCUUAAUAUAAACAAAAAGCGCAUCCAUGAGCUUUCCAGUUGUAUUGUUUCUCCUUCACAGCGCGUCUUACUUGGUUUUGCUAAUUUGGGUAUUGAUACAUCAAAUUCACGGUUGAAGCUUCUGGAGGAAUUGCAGAAAUUAUUUCCUCCCACUGUUAUGAUACCUGAGAGGAGGUUAGAGCAUUUGGUUGAACAGGCUCUCAAUGUGCAACGAGAAGCUUGCUAUUUUCACAAUUCUCUGGAUAAGUCAUUAUCGUUGUACACCGAUCAUCAAUGUGGGAAAGAUCAAAUUCCUUCUCGGACAAUUCAGAUACAGGUAUUGCAGUCACACAAAAAUGAAGUUUGGUACCUACAGUUCUCAAAUACUGGGAAAUAUUUAGCAUCUUCUUCUAAAGAUAAAUCUGCAAUCAUAUGGGAGGUUCACGAAAAUGAGAAACUGACAUUAAAACACAUGCUGAUUGGACAUCAAAAACCUGUCCUCAUGGUUGCCUGGAGCCCUGAUGACCGCGAGCUUCUCACCUGUGGUAUGGAAGAAGAUGUCAGGCGAUGGGAUGUCGUUUCCGGAGAAUGCCUUCACGUAUACAAAAAAACUGGUCUCGGUUUUAUCUCUUGCGGUUGGUUCCCAGAUGGGGCCCGGUUUUUUACCGGCGUAACCGACAAGAGCAUUUGCUUAUGGGAUCUUGCCGGUAAAGAGGUAGAAAAUUGGAAAGGGCAGAGAGCAAUUAAGACUUCAGACAUGGCCAUCACUAAUGACGGAAAAAGGAUCAUAAGCAUGUGUAAGGAAGCUACUAUUCUUUUACUUGAUAGGGAAGCAAAGCUUGAGAAAGUAAUUGAAGAGGAGCAGACGGUUACUUCCUUUUCUGUGUCAGGAGAUGAUAGGUUUUUGCUAGUGAAUCUUGUGAAUCAGGAGAUCCAUCUCUGGAGCAUUGCAGAUGAUCCACAGCUUGUUAUGAGAUAUAAAGGUCAUAAGCGCAGUAGGUUCUUGAUAAGAUCUUGUUUUGGAGGGUGUGAGCAGGCUUUUAUAGCUAGUGGAAGUGAAGAUUCACAGGUAUAUAUAUGGCAUCGAGCCACUGGGGAUCUCAUAGAGGCUCUACCAGGCCACACCGGAGCAGUAAACUGUGUCAGCUGGAAUCCAAAGAACCCUCACAUGCUUGCAUCAGCCAGCGACGACCACACCAUCAGAAUCUGGGGUCUCAAUACUAUCAACAACAACAAACUGAAGCGCAAGGAAGCUUACAGCAAUGGCGUCAGCCAUCAGUGCAACGGGAAUAGCAAGUGCUAGAGAUAUCAUAUCUCUGGGGGAGGGGGGAUAUUUCUUAAAAUUGCCCUUUUCCCUUGAUCAGUUCUCCAGUUGUUUUUGUAAAUAAAUCCUUAUCCUUUGUUCUCUCUUUUACCUUUCUUUUCUUCUACCUUGGAAGCAAAACUUUGUAGGAUGUUUGAAUGUUGAAAUAUGCUUAUAGACCAUUGAACUUGAUUAUUUUGUUUGGUUUA